CCAGCAGUGCGUCAGUUUUCCUGCACGGGCUCUGCCCUGAUCCCAUGAGCUGGCAGCCCCUUUACCCUGGGAAAGGGGACAUGGGGCACUGCCACAACCUGCUGUCCCUUUGCCACUGGCACUGUGCUGCCAGCAGCCCUGACCACGUCACCAGGCCCCCCUCCCCACAGCUAUUUUUAUCGCCCCCCAACCGUGUUUCUCACUGUCCUAUUUUAAGCGGCGCAGUUGGCGCACCGGGAACCCAGUGCCCAGCUCCUGGGGGCCCUGCAGCACCUCACUGCCCGCUCACGCUGCCCGGGCGCAGGGAGCCAUGCCCAGGGAGGCUGCAGAAGCAGACAGCAUGGGAAGGGCUGAGGGCGCUGCGCCGGCAGAGCCUGGGGACCCCGACAGCAGCGAGUCUGGAGCCAUCAGCCUGCGCCCCGUGGAGUCCAUCAGUGACCUGUACUGGGCCUCGGGCGGGCACAAGGGCACAGAGGGUGAGAGGGGGGCAGGGGGGGCUGUGCAAGACCCGGCUGUGCCCGCGGCCAGGCUCUGACCCCUUCUCUCCCCUGCCUGCAGGCAAUGGCCCGGCUCCCUCCAGCAGCCUGCACCGGCCCCCGCCUCGGCCCGUGUCCCCCGUGCCCGCACCGCUCCUGCCCACCCUGCGCCCCGUGCCCCCCGCCAGCCCCUGCCCCUGCCUCGGCCCUGGCCACCCCCUGCUGCUGGCCCUGCUGGCGCUCCUGGCACUGUCGAGCCUGGUCCUGGCCACACUGGCCAUCUACCUGAGCGGUACGUGGCACUGGCAGGGUGGGGAGCCGGGGAACUGUGGGGGCCGAGCUGCCCGCCCUCAGCACGUUCCCGUCCUGUCCCCGCAGUCCUGCAGAGCCAGUCGGUGCGGGCGCUGGCCCAGUGGCUGGAGAGCCAGGAGGACGCCGUGCAGCAGCUGCGGGUGGCCAGCAGGCAGCUCUGGGCUCGCCUCAAUGCCAGUGCCCAGCCUGGUGGGCACCGCUGAGCUGCCCCUGAUGCCACCAUGGGCUCUGGGCCACCACGGGAAGGGACACCGAAGGGCAGGAGGGGGGAGCGGGCAGCCUGACCCGCUGAGACCUGGCAGCAUUGCCCCUUGGGGCACAGGGGCAAUCCCGGACCCUGUCCCAGGCUGUGAGAGAAAGAAACUGGGCUGUAAGGACCUGCGUCCACCCCAGUGACAGCCCUUCCUCUUAACAAGGC